GGAACGGCAUUCGCUCAGGUGUUGGGCCGGGGCGCAGUACAAUUUUGUUGGAAUACUGGAACUAAAGACCGAAAGCGAGCAUGGACAAAAUGUCAUCAAGCAUGACGUCCAGCAUAACGGGCAUGGGGCUCGGUGGAAUUACCGGAUUGACUACCGCAAUUAGUACCCUCAGCUGCAUGAGGGAACCGCAAAUAUCAAUUGGAGGGAUGGCUUCGAACUAUGUUCCAGGGCUGUCAGCGAAUUACAAUAUUUCGAGCUUUUGCCAACGCCCAGGACAGAGUCGUCGUUGGCCUAUUGCCAAAGCGGGACCAACUGCUAAACCGGAACGUUCUCAUAGUGCUGGUGCACUGAAGCAUUCAUCACGGAACAGCCCUAAUACACAGUAUGCUCAUAAUCUCAUCUGCAAACUGGCGGAUCAACAUGAACGAAGACGUCAUCAGGAAACGAUAGAAUUGAUUCCCCAAAGCUAUUACUCUCAAAACCCGCUCAAGGUUGAGCUGACAGAAUUCUAUCCACGAGACAAUGGUAAAGAACACCAUACUGAUCAAUAUGAACUGGUCAACGAUACAGUUCUUCCAAACCCGGUUUUGCGAAGAGGUCAGAACUUUUUCUUUGCAAUUCGUUUUGACCGACUCUAUGACAAACAACAAGAUGUAAUUCGAAUCGUAUUCAGUUUGGGUCCAAAGCCUUGCGUUACGAAAGGAACUCGGGUUGUAUUGCCCGUGAAUUGGAGCACGCAACAAAGUAUUUUUCAACAUUCCCGUGAUGUGAUCGGUAUGGGAAUGGGCAUGGCUGUGUCACGCGUGCCAGAUGCUAGUAGUGCUACUAGUACUCCGAUAGCUACGAGUACUAUUACUACGAUUAGUGCUAUUAGCCCUAUAAGCGGUAUCAGAGAAACCGCCUCAUAUGGAUGUCGACGUGGUUCCUUUAGUAGUGAACCAGUGCCGCAGCAACAAAGUCCUCUUAGUCCACACGCGGCCGUGGAGAGACCAGUGAUUGAACGUCACAGUGGGCCACCCCAGCAUUCUUCAAGUGGACGCAGUUUUGGAUCACAACAUGGAUCAACACAAAAUUUGGCGUCCGUUUCUCACGAAAUGGAAAAGUGGGAUUUGAGUGUGCAGCGUCAAGAUGGAAAUACGAUUACAUUUCAAGUCCAUGUGCCGGCCUCUGCUCCAGUUGGGUUAUGGAAUUGCUGGAUUCAAACGCACAGAGUGGGACAGCGCGAUAAUCGCCACGAUUACAAGUGUGACGAAGACAUUUAUAUUAUAUUUAAUCCAUGGUGCCGCGAAGACUCAGUUUACGUGGACAACGAAGCGUCAAGACAGGAAUAUGUUAUGAAUGAACAAGGAAAACUGUGGAGCGGUACUUGGCGCCAACCUAAGGGUCGCAAAUGGAUAUUCGGACAGUUCGAUGAUGUUGUGCUUCCAGCUUGCGCUUAUUUAUUAGAACGCAGUGGUCUUGAGCAUUCAGAACGUGGUAAUCCUGUUCAGCUUACUAGAGCGAUUUCGGCUAUGAUAUGUGCUAAAGGUGGCGAUGGCUUAAUGAUUGGUCGAUAUGAUGGUGAAUAUAAAGAUGGUGUCGCUCCACACGCUUGGACCGGGUCGGUUGCAAUUCUUGAAAGGUACUUAACCAACGGUGGCCAGCCUGUAGAAUAUGGGCAAUGUUGGGUGUUUUCAGGUCUGGUUGUGACCAUUUGUCGAGCUUUAGGUAUUCCUUGCCGAUCUGUGACAAAUUACGUGUCAGCACAUGACACAAAUGGGACCUUCACUAUUGAUAAGUUCUUUGACAAGGACGGAAAUGAAGUUCCCAACGGACCAGAUGAAGACUGUUAUGACUCCUGUUGGAACUUCCAUGUUUGGAACGACGUGUGGAUGCAAAGACCAGACUUGCCACAGGGAUAUGGUGGCUGGCAGAUAAUUGAUGCUACUCCUCAAGAGGAAGCUGAAUCAGUGUACAAAUGUGGUCCAGCUAGUGUAGAGGCUGUUCGUCGCGGUGAGAUCGGAUUUCAGUACGACACACCCUUCGUAUACUCUCAGCUAAAUUCUGAGAUAUACCAUUUCCAAGAAGAGGAAUCCUCUGAUUGGGGUUUCGUUAGGAUGGCGUCGAAUCAAGUUGAGGUUGGCCGUAAGAUUAUUACUAAGAACCCAAGUGGUGAUGACGACGAGGCUGAUAGUGAUCUGCUAGAAAUAACUCAUGAAUACAAAGCCGUUGAGAGUCCAUCUCCUGAGCGGCUCGGUGUUAUUGCUUCUUGUCGCGGUCAUCAUCGCUUGCAGCAAUAUUAUGAGUUACCUGAUCGUAGUUCAGAGGAUGUUGUUUUCGACCUAAUGGACGUUGAGGAUAUACCUUACGGCGAACCCUUCGAUUGCACGAUGAAUAUUCAGAAUAAAUCACCCGAAGACCGAACCAUUUGGUGUGUGUUGACGGCGUCUUCGUGUUAUUACACGGGUGCUAUUGCAGCCAGGGUCCGGAGGGCUCAAGGGGAGUUUAUUGUGCGGGCAGGCCAGCGAGAGGCCCUCAAGCUUCAUGUAACUCCUCAAGAAUAUAUGGACAAGUUGGUGGACCAUGCUAUGAUCAAAAUUCACGCUCUAGCAUUUGUGAAGCAAACGAAGCAGGCUUGGUCUGAGGAGGACGAUGUAUCUCUGAAUAAACCGAAGCUUCAAGUGCAGACAAGGAGCCAACCGAGCAUAGGACAAGAAUGUGGAAUAACGUUCAGUUUCCAGAAUCCAUUGAAUGUUCAUUUGACUGACUGCUACUUUACGUUCGAAGGUCCAGGCGUGCAGAGACCUCGUCAGAUAAGGUUCCGCGACGUGAAACCCAGUGAGUUCGUGAGCUACCAGGACAAGUUCGUGCCCUCCCGCACGGGGGAGCUGAGCAUUGUCGUGACUUUUUCGUCACGGCAGAUCGACGAAGUGUUCGGCUGCGCCACGGUGAACGUGUGCGGCUAGCUAGCACCCGCGCCCCGACGGCGCUUGCACGCCGCGGGGUCGCUACAUAAGGCGCUCACCCAUGACCGUUCAUGCCCCUACAUCUACAUAGCGCCUGAACAAUUGUUUGUGCAAGAGGAAGUGGUUAUACUGACAUCCAUGUAACUAGGGUUGCCAAUCGUACGUACACUGUAAUAUCAUUUCAUAGAAUAACAAGGAAACAGAAAUGCCGUGUAUCCAUCCAAUUAUCAGGUGUUAUUUCCGGAUAUUAUAUAAAUACACUAACUUAGAGUGUCAAGUGUGAAACACAUGAUACCUCUUUUUAUACGACACACUUUAGAAUUUCCAUAGCGAAUGUAAGACAUAAUUAUUUACUUAACUACUACAACUAAACACACACACACACACAGUACCUCAUUAAAAAAAACAGUUGGCUACAUGGUUAUUUUUUUUAAUUUGGUAUACGUCACAUGGUGAUUAAAUCUAUUAAUCACAUGGUGAUUAAAUCUAGCGCACACGCCAUUUUUUAUUUUUUAGCCCUUGACUACAAUAUCACCUGGUGGUAAGUGUUGAUGCAAUCUAAGAUGGAAGCGGGCUAACUUGUUAGGUGGAGGAUGGAAAUCCACACGCCUGUCGUUUUCUACACGACAUCGUACCGGAACGCUAAAUCGCUUGAUAUGUCUUUGGCAAUUUACAUGUUAAGAUUUCUAUGAUUGUAAAUUGUAUGUAGUUUUCGGGUAUGCACAUUAUAUGCAUACCGACUAUUUUUUAUAAAAUAUGUAGUCCGAAACAGUAUAAUUUUUUCAAUAAAUAGUUAAUUUUGAAAAUAAUAUUUACAUGUUUCGCCAAAUAAAUGGGCAACCCUACUCGUACAUGUAUUAUACGUGUAAACUUCCUUCCAAAGGUGUAUUUGUGAAGAACAAAUUGACUCGAUUGUAUCUAAGGAUUUCUUACGACAUGGCUUCGAUAACAGGUUUAAGAUGAAUUUUCUGCACCAGCACUACUUAUAAAAAAAAAAAAAACAAAAAAAAGGAAAAACAACACGAUGCACGGAGUGGAUUUUUUUAUAUUUAAUUAUCUAAAGGUAAACCGAUGCUUCGUGUGCCAUUUUUAAUCGUAUCAUAAUUUUUAGAUUAAGUUCUAUUUUAAGAUAUACUCGUUGUUAUUAAUUUAAUAUCUUUAUACAUUUUUAACGUCUUUUAUAUUUUUUAUUAUUAUUAUCAUGAAAUAAAUGUAUGAAUAGAAAUAUGUUUGCACUGUGUUUGUGUGUUUUUGGGAUCUCAAAAAUAAUAAAGCAGUCACUGA